AUGAAGCGUGUUAUGCUUCUCGUUACUAUUCUUUCCCAUUUAGUGCUGAUGGCUGCUGCAGCUGAGAAGAUGAUUGUUGUUCUGGUACGCGCGGAUAUCGAUGAAGAUCCGCAGUUUGUAAACACCACUAACAUAAUCAGACGUUAUACCACAGCGCCAUAUUUUUCAUUCGAUUUAAUCAUCACGACACACCAAACGCUCAGCAAUUUGAAGUUACAAGCUGUAUACACCGUUCGAACUGGCCAGGUCGACAAUAUCCUCUACAACCGGAAGAUCGAUUUUUGUGUGUUCCUGAAGCGACCAACCGAGCGUAUGGUGAAGAUGGUCUUCGACGAUAUAAAACGCUACGCCAAGCCACGGAUGCCGGCGUCUUGCCCAGUCGAACCGACCGCCAUUUCCCUAAGAAACAUGAGUCUGAACCAUGUAACACUUCCUUCGUUUCUUCCGCAGACAAAUUUUCAAUUGCAGAUCAAUUUCUGGGAGGGUCGGUAUAGUGUUUUCAGAAGCCGAUGGCACGGUCGACUUAAAAAAAUUUCGGUUUGA